CCAUGCAAGAAACGGCGAGAGGAAGACACUUCUGUAAAAACAAUCACAAGGUAUUUUUCGCCAUUGGCAAAACCGGAGGAGAAAGUAUUGACACCCCCAAAACCCAACAAUAUAUUGGAUUAUUUUAAAAAGACAGCUGUAGCUGGAGAAAAUAAAACACAGUUGGAUGCUGAUGACAAGGACUGCAAGUCACUUUUUAAACCACCUUUAAAGCGGAAGAGGAAAGGGAAGAGAGUCAGAGUGAAUAAUAAGCUAAGAGAGAUGAAAGAACCUGAGAAUGAACAUGAAAUAGCAAUUAAUAGUGAUAAUAGCAGCGAAACAACAGGACUGAAACAAGACAGCAAUGAUUUUAUUGCUGCUUGUACUUUAAUUGAUCAAACAUGUGCAAGAGAAUUAGAAGAUAAUGAGCACAGAGAGAACACCUCAGAUGCUGUCAUCUGCAGAAAGAAUGUGAAGAAGGUCACUUCUAAAAUAAGUGAAACGAAAAAUAGGACAAGAAAGUUGAGGAAAAGGAAGCAGAAAGUAAACAUGGAUUUGUCUGAAAGUUUUUCACCUGAAAACCAGCUGAACGAAAAGUGUAAAAAGGAGACUGAAGAUGACAACAAGAUGGUUUCUCCUACAAUAAUAGAGUGUGAUGCUUCUAUUAAUGAUUCCUGUUUUGAAGUUCAUGCGGAUGAUAAGACCUCACAGGUAAAUAAUAGUAUAAUAACGGUGUCAUUUGAGGACUUCUUGAAGAGUCAGGGAGAAAAUAAUGUAGAUCAUGUUGAUGAAGACACAAAGGCAGCAGUGGACAAUUCUGCUACAGCAAAUGAAACAAACAAAAGUGAUAGCAUUAGUGACUCAGAAAAGUGUGAGGAAUCUCAACAGCCACCACUUAGAACAGUAACUGUCCUUGCACAAGUUCAUUCUGUUCCUGCCAAGUUAGUUCCAUUACAUAAGGAGCAAAAAGGGUCUAGGAAAAUAGCUUCCAUUUUUUGGAAGCAGAAGGGAAGUGUACAGGAAAAUGAAGGUAGUCCACCACUCUUGGAGAGUGAGCAAACUGAACAGGUUACUCAGAAGAGAAAAUCUAAUGUAGUUAUUGAGGAAGAAGAAUUGGAGUUAGCUGUUCUGGAGACUGCAGGGUCAGAUUCUUUGAAGCCAAAAUGUACUCUGGAAGAAAGGCAUCAGUUCAUGAAGGCAUUUAGACAACCAGCAUCAGAUGUAAUAAUAAAAAGUGGAGUUAAAAAGGCACCUGGAAAACAAAAGCAAGGCCUUGGAAAGUCUUCAAAAGAGAAAGGAUCUGAAGAUGACAUCGCUUCAAAUAAAGGAUUAGAAAGUGGAGUACCAGAAGAUAAUGUGAACAAAUAUACACGUUCUAGUCCUGAACACAACAGAACUAAACCCAAAAGAUCUAAAAAGCUUCAGAAAAAAGGAACCAGAAGAAGGAAGGCUUCAGAAACAAAGGAAACAAAUGUCUCAACUACCAGCAAUUAUGGUGAAGAGGAGGAUUUGGGAGCUAAUGUUCUUACUAAGGAAAACACCUUAAAUGUGACAGUUUCAUCAAGCCCAGAAGCGAAUGAGCUCAGGAGGAGUUUAAGGCAGAGGAAAAUCAGAACGUCAAAAAGUGUUACACCUAAAAAAACCCGGAUGAGAAGUACCUUUUCUGAGGAUGAGUUAAGCGGCUGUCCUGUGCAGACGUCGACGCCAAAGGCACGGGAGGGGCCGGUGCCGAGGAGCAGCCUGUACAGAGCUGAGGUGAUCCCCGCGCCCCUCGGCGGCAGCAGCGCCAUCAGAAUGAGGUUUACACGUAUCAAUGCAACUACAAAGUCAAAUAAAGCUGAAGCAAUAAAGAAGGAAGAGCUGAACUCCAGAAAUACAAAGAUAAGCUCCACUUCUAAAAAUAAAUCCAAAGCGAAGCAGCUGAUUGAGAAGGCAAAGGCCAUCCAGCAUCAGAGGUCAAAGGUGAAUGAAGACCUAGUGACUCCUGUGAGGCGCUCGUCUCGGCAGUGGGCUCUUGCUGAAAAGAAAAAACUGCAAGAAAGUGAAGAAUCAGUAGUAAUCUUAGAUUCAAGCCCGAUUAAUGCCACUACUACAGUGCAGAAUGUGAAGAAGAAUCUUCGGAGCUUAAACGAUGUUUUGGGGAAAAAGUCUAGAAACUUGAAGGUUGCAAAGAACUCAAAUGGAAAACUAGGAUACCCACCUUCCUACCUAGGCAGAAAUGCUCAAAACCCUGCAGGUGAACCAAUUGUCAUCUUUGAUGAAAGCAGCCAAGAUGCAUCUGAAAACUCUCAAGAUGAUGAACAAUUCAGAGCAAAACGUGAAUUCUUGAUGAGUGGGUUGCCAGAGUCACUGAAAAGACAGAUUGCAAAGAAAGCAGCAGCGAUGGAAGCGUACUCUCUUGCAAGUUCAUGUUUUCAGACUGUUGUCCAUGUACAGCAGAAGGAUGACUGUUAUCCAAUGUGGAAAUUGAAAUCCCCAGUGCAUCCUCUAUUAACUAAGCUCAGGAAAAGGAAUACUGAAGUCACUGAUGUCACAAAAAUCACUCUCUCACUUGGCGAAUUUUCCACUGUGAAUUUAGAACUAACUGGAAACCACUCUGCACCUGUGUUUUCUGGCCACCGACCAGUUUUUCCUGAUACAUUCAGGAAAGAUUUACUAGAUGAGAUCAUCUCUUCUAAUUCUCAAUUUCCUGUGAGAAAAUACUUCUACAAGUUUCUGAAAAAGCAAACGGAACGUCUGGGUUUUGAAAAUAGUGUACAAGGUUACAGAGAUGGCACUGCCAAUUCUGAGCUAAAUCAGAAACAUUCUGGCAAUUGGAAGGAAACUAAGAGAAAAAGGAAAGAAACAGAAGACCACAAGUCAAAAAGAAGAAAACAAAUAGAAGGUACAGAGACUGAAAUAAAGUCCAGAGUUUCCAGGAACCUUAUUUCUCCCUUAUCUACAGACACAGGACAAGCAACACAUUUGGGAAAAAACAAGAACCAGAAACCACAUGUUGUGACAGAAGACACUAAGUAUUUAUCAGAGCCAAAUGCACUUUCAGGUGUUGAAAAGGAAGACAUGCUCUGGACAGAAAAAUACCAGCCUCAAGAUUCCAGUGAACUUGUAGGGAACAAGAAAGAAAUUGAAAGGCUACACAGUUGGUUAAAAGAAUGGAAAAAAAGAGCUGAUUGGGAAGAAAAAAGAAAUCAGAAAGGGGAAAAGGAGGACAAAGAGCAUCAAGAUUCUUUGGACAACCUUGACUUUAAAGAUAGUAAAUCUGAUAUUGAGGAAGAGACCAGCCUUUGCAAUACAGUCCUGAUAACUGGCCCGCCGGGAGUAGGGAAAACUGCUGCAGUAUAUGCUUGUGCUCAGGAGCUUGGGUUUAAGAUAUUUGAAGUCAACGCCUCUUGCCAGCGUAGUGGUAGACAGAUACUGUCUCAACUAAAAGAAGCUACUCAGUCUCAUCAAGUGGACAAAAAAGGCAUUAAUGCACAUAAGCCUUGCUUUUUUAACAGUUGUAGCAGUGCCAAGUCACCAAAAAAAAUGUAUUCUCCAAAGAAAGUUGUUUCACCAAGAAAACCUCCACUGUCACCAAAAGGAGCAGGAUUAAAACGAAGCUUACCCCCUAAAACACUUGCGAGCUAUUUCAAGAUUUCCUCCAAAUGUAAAGAUAAUGAUGGAGCAGUAACAUCUCAAGAAAAAAACAAAGGAAAGACUCAGAAUUCAUGUGAAGAAAAGAAAGAUGCUGAAAUUAAGUCAGUAAACAAAGAAGUAGAAGGAGGAGAACACAACAGAAAAAGUGCGACAUCUCUCAUUCUUUUUGAAGAGGUAGAUAUAAUAUUUGAUGAAGAUGUGGGAUUUCUAAGCGCCAUAAAGACAUUCAUGGCAACUGCAAAGAGACCUGUAAUUCUCACCACCAACGAUCCAACGUUCAGCUUAAUGUUUGAUGGCUCUUUUGAAGAGAUCAACUUUAAAACCCCUUCCUUGGUAAGUCUGUUUGGAUAUGCAGAUGUGUCCUAA